AUGCCAGCAGCAAGCCAGGCGCCCGUCAAGCGGAAGCGCGCUGUCCAGGGGGAGGCGCCGAGAAAGCGGUCACGGUCAGAGAGCGGGAGCGGCGAUGACGACGACGACGAGCCGAGCGGCCAGGGCCGCAUCCUGUUGCUGGAGCAGGCGAUUGUCGAGUCUAAGAAGAACUACAACAACAUUGUCCUGGCGAACAAGAAGACGGCCGGCGAGAAGGACCGCGUGGUCGUGGGCUGGCUGCGGAGCCGCCUGGCCGAAUACGAGGACGUGCUGCUGGCCAUGUUGGGGCGGACGGGCGAACAGGCGGCCACGGCGCUGACGCUGGUCAUGCGGCUGGUCCAGGCUGAGGGAGAGCAUCUGCAGGGAGGAGAGAAGCCGGAAGAGGACAAGGACAGCAAAGCCAACAAAGGCACAAAGGGCGACAAGCCCCACUACUUUCCCCAGGCACUCUUUCGCCGUCUCGUCGGCUGCCUCGUGCACGCUCGCCAGCAGCUGGGCGUCGAGGCUGGCGAGGCUCUGGCCGACGAGUUUGUCGACCGCUUUGCCGGCUCCUUUCACGAUGUGCGCUUCUAUACCUUCCGGGCCGUGACGGCACUCUUGCAGCAGCACCACGGCCACCAACAAAAACAGACUGGCACCGACACGGUCGAGGCUGCCCUGUAUCUGCUCUCGCUGCUGGACGCCGUGCCCGAAGAGCCGCUCGAGGACGGGCCCGAACACUUUUACGUCCGCCAGCCCAGCAGCCAGCUUCGGUCGUUGGCCCAGCACAAGAAGCAGGCACAGGACGCCUGGAUUGCGCUGCUGAGCAGCAGCACCACCGCUGCCAGCACCAUCAUCCGCAAGCGCGCCCUCGCCCUCAUGGAACCGGUCAUCGCGCCCUGGUUCGUGCGGCCGGAACUGCUGCUCGACUACCUGACCGACUGCUACAAUGCCGGCGGGGCGACAUCGCUGCUGGCGCUCUCUGGGCUCUACUACCUCAUCCGCGAGCGCAACGUCGACUAUCCGGCCUUUUACACUAAGCUGUACUCGCUCCUGGACGGCGACAUGUUGCACUCGAAGCACCGCUCGCGCUUCUUCCGCCUGAUGGACACCUUUCUGGCCUCCACCCAUCUGCCCGCACAGCUGGUCGCCAGCUUCGUCAAGCGGCUCGCUCGCCUGUGUCUGCACGCCCCGCCGAGUGCUAUCGUCAGCGUCGUGCCCUGGAUCUACAACUCCUUCCGCAAGCAUCCGCUGUGCACCUUUAUGAUUCACCGCGUCCCGGCCGACCAGCACGCCCGCGAUCGUCUCGCCCGUGAUGGCCUCGCUGACCCUUUCCGCCCCGACGAGUCCGACCCGAUGGAGACUCGGGCUAUCGAGAGCUGUCUCUGGGAGAUUGUUCAGCUGCAGUCACACUACCAUCCCAACGUCGCCACCAUUGCCAAGAUCAUUUCCGAGCAGUUCACCAAGCAGACCUAUAACCUUGAGGACUUUCUCGACCACUCAUACCAGAGUCUCUUCGAUGCCGAGAUCGGAAAGGAAGUCAAGAAAACCCCCGUCGUCGAGUUUCAGAUUCCCAAGCGCAUCUUCUUCCCCCAGGACCCCGCCGCGGGCCUCGAGGACGGCCUUCUCGUCAAGCUCUGGGACUUUUCCUGA